AUGCACAGCUGCUCGAUAAGCACGACGGACUCGCUCACCGCCUUGCCCGCCAAGAAACGCUGCGCCUACCGUGUCGUCUUCAACAUCCCCGUUCCCUCCUCCCCCAUCUCCGAUGCCAACGGCGACGCCAUCAAGCCCGAGAUGACCGCCAAUCCCACCCAGUGCCCCUCGGCAGCGCUGCGGGUCGCCGGGGACUGCCCCCAUUGUACCAAGGUGUUUUGCUCUGCCCACCGCACGCCCGAAGCACAUCACUGUACGGGGAUGCAGGCGUGCCGGGAUGCGGCGUUCCAGGCCAACAAGGAGCGGCUGGAGAGGGAACGAACAUCCACCACCAAGAUUGCUCAGGCAUAG